ACAUAUCGAAUUUACUUAUGUUGGGUUGUUUAUUAACAAAAUAUUUUGAAAGCAUCAGAUUGGAGAAAGUAUUUGUUGGAAUAAGCAACUUUUUUAAAGUCAAGUCUAAAAUAUCGAGGAUGAAACGUUCAUCGGAUAAUGACAUUGAAAUUUCUAUAAGGGAAGUACCUACCUACGAAAGAUGUUGCAUUUGUCAGGAACGAGCGACAACACAGACGACAGUGGAAGAAACUUAUAUUGGAGCACCACCUAUUUUGGUAAAGGAUCUACUUCUUCAAUGUUUUGAGUCACCAGAACGUUAUAGACAAUUUAUUAGUGACGAAUAUUCAAUUAACUACCUUUGCAAAUUUUGCGAAGCGUCGCUUGGGGAGUUUUAUGAUGCGGUAUUAAAAGUUUCAUUAAAACGAACUGAGUUCUUGAGUCGGAUACAAGAGAAGAGUGUUAGCCCAAUCGAAUAUUUCACAAUUGUUGAAACUACAAGCAGGGACUCCAGGUCGUCCCCCAAAUUAGUCCAGAAUGUAGGCGGAAAUAAAAUCAAGCGAUACUAUUCUCAGGAAAAGUUCGCAACCAGUGAUUCAAGUGAUGAAUAUUCAACUUUAAAUAUAUCUGAUGAAGAAUUUGUCAAGGUUAAUCAACCAGACGAAGAAUUCGAAGAUUAUUGGUCAUCAGAUUCUUCCAGUGGCGCUGAAGUUCAAGACGGUGAAAAAGAAAUGCAAAAGCCUUUGAUCACGAUCGAACGCAUGCCAAAAACUAAACUGAGAUUUUGUUGGCGUUGUGAUAAAAACUUUCCAUCUGAUGAUGCUUUUGAAAUUCAUUUGAAGCAAGUUCACACAAAAAGUAAAAAGCCGAAUUUGUCGUGUCACAAGCCUCAAAAUAGCUCUGCGUCCGAGAAACACUCCUUACACAUUUCUAGAGAGGAAGAUUCUAAUCAGAUGCGAUGCGAAAUUCGUGAAGUGGAGUUCGACUCAACAUCUCGCUUUCAGUCGCAUAAAGACGUUCAUAGGGCGCUUACUUGCUCUAUUUGCUCAAAGAAGAUGCCAACUCACAGGAGCUUUCAACGACAUAUGGCGGUGCAUCGCGCCGAAAAGAGACAGCCUUCUCCAGAUGCUCGAAGCUUCGUAUGUCCAGUUUGUGACUUUAAAUUCAGGUCUGCAUGGAAUCUAAAACGUCAUCAAAAACUGCAUUGCCUAGGCGAUAUAACCCGAAGUCCCGAGGAAAAUGAUCUUUAGAAGUUUUGGUUGGCAAAGGUGUCCGAAGCUGCGAUCUUCAAAAGCAAUAGAUUACUGCUCUGGGAUAUGUUACUUAGUGAGUUUAAGUUGUAAUUUAAUUUCCAGAUUCUUUUUUAAUCUACGUAGAAACGGAUGUAGGUUAUAUAAGUUUUGAUGUAUCGUUUUUAUGAUAAAUCGGUCAUACAUAUUGGCCGACUGCAUUAUUUCAUAGCCAAAUGCUACAAAUAUAUUGAGAAAAUGUGAUAUGUAUUAAUUUAAAUACCCAACGACAUAUACAUAUGUUCAAGGUUAACGAUUAGUUAAAAAUUAGAAUAAUAAAAAUAUUACCAUCACUCCAUUAA